AUGCCGAUGCCGUUGCCGCAGCUGCAGCUGGGUCAGGCGCCGGCGCCUGCCGCGGCCCAGCUGCCCCUCCUGCCGCCCGCGCUGCAGCAGCAGCUGCUCGCGCUGCCGCCUGAGCAGGCGCAGCAGCUGCUGGCCAUCGCGCUCGCGCCGCCGGGACCGCCGCCGCCGCCGCCGCCGCAGCAGCAGCAGCAGCAGCAGCAGCAGGAGCACCCGCCGCAGUCGCAGCAGGCGGGCCUCGCGGCGGGCGGCGCCGAGCGGAUUCCGCUCGGGGCGGGGCAGGCGACGCAGCAGCGGCAGCUGAUACUGCUGCCGCCGCCGCCGCCCCAGCCUCCGAUGCAGCAGCAGCAGCGGCAGCUGCCUGCAGGUCCGAAGAAGCUGCUGCUGCGCCGCUGCCAGGUGCAGGCUCUCCACCACCAGAUCGCACUGCACACGCAGCAGCUGAUGCAGCUGUGCGGCCUCGCACGGAGCGACCCCGGCGCGCAGGACGUGGUCAGCGGCGCUCUGCAGCUGCUGGCGCGGCUGCAGCAGUGCCACGCGCGCGCGCUGGGCCACCCCAGGGAGGCUGAGCUCACCGCCGCGGUGGCCGCGUCGUUCGCAGAGGAAAAUGACUCAGACGGCGAUGACUCGCCGAGCGAGGAGGGGCAGGGCGAGGCGGGGACGCGGCGGCGGCGGAGGGAGGCGCGCGAGGGGCUGGGGCCGGUAUGGCGGCGGCUGGAAGGCGCGGACGAGCUCAGCACUGUCUGGGACUGCGAGGGGCUCCGGCUGCUGCCGUUCUUCAUCGGCCGCUGCAUGGCGGAGCCCUACGGGCCAGGCCCAGCCUCCAGCACCGGCGAAUGCGCCGCGGCCGAACCGGCGCCCGACGGCGGCAGCGGCGGCAGCAGCGGCGCAGGCGUGGGCGCCUCUGGCCGCAGGCGUGCGAGCGGCGGCGGCGGCACGGGCGACAGCGGGUCCGGCGCGGCUGGCGGGGCGGCGGAGAAGCCGAUGUGGCGCCUCACAGACGCUCAGCGCGGCGGCAGGAAGGCCGUGCAGGUGUGA